AUGGCCUUCCGGACGCGGCCACGCGCCGCCGCUGCCCCGAGCGUGAUCCCAAAACCGCCGAAGGGGCUACCUCCACAGCCGAACGCGAUCCCGAAACCGCCGGCGAGAAACCCUCGACAGCCGAGCGCGAUUCCGAAACCGCCAGCCGGGUUUCCUCCGCAACCGAACGCGAUGCCGAAACCGCCGGCGGGGUUACCACCGCAGCCGAUCCCGAAACCGCCGGCGAAGUACCCUCCGCAACCGAACGCGAUCCCGGACGUGAAACAAAAAGGGAGUACUCAACACGCAAGACGCGAAGCAGAAGCCACGAAGGAAAAAGCCGAGCUCUACAACGCGGCUGAGCUGUUCGACAUAUUUACCGAGUACUGGACCAGGUGGAGGAACUGUAAGACCCGCUCGGAACAAGCAUUCGUCGUUUCUUAUAUGAACUUCAAGUAUGGAAGAUAA